AUGUACCAAUACGAGCACAUCAUGACUUUCGAUACCCAGGGCCAGGGAGGAGUUUACGGUAACAAUGCCGCCGGGUCUUCGAACACAAACAACCAGCAACAACAAGUUGCCACAGUCAAGAGAAAGAAGAGCAUCAGGUCCGAUAGCUCCAUCGAGUUGCGAGGACCAAUGGAAGUCGACGGAUCGGUCAAGUCAGGCGGAGGCGUGGCUUUCUCAGGGAACUUUGCGGUCAGGGAUCGGAUUGAGGCGUAUGGAGAUAUUGAUGUUGUUGGGGAUCUGAGGUGCAGUAAUAAGCUCAAAGCAUAUGGGAAUGUCAAGGUUAAUGGAAGUGCGUUGUGUGUCGACCGGGUCAAAAUAUUUGGAAAACUGAAAAUCACCGGCACCUUUGAGGUUCAAGGGGACUUGGAAGUGUGGGGAGCCAUCACCAUCAAUGGGUAUCUGAAGUGCAAGACUCUGACAGCAUAUGCAUCCAUAACUACCGUCGGUGACCAAUCUUGGUAUCAGACCGAGCAAGGCGAGACGGUCCAUGGGGCUAAGCUCAUCCAGAGGACCAAUUAUGAGGGAUAG